UUUCUCAAUUGUUGGCUGUGUCCAUUGAAGACAAAGGGACAUGGGUGAGCUUCACUCCAUGGCUUACACUUACACUAGCCCUUCCCUAGGUUGGGAUCUACAAAACCUUGGAGUUCUCACCGCAGACAUGUCUUUAGUCAUGGAUGGAACGUCACCCUUUCUUCCGCAUCUGGAGUACUCCAAUCUUUCCUCCGGCUACCUUGAAGAUGCCCUGGUCGAAUUCAGUGAGAGAUCAAAACGAAGGCGUUUAGAUGAUCUCUCUAAGAGCUACUGGAAUUCUAGCUGCAACUGGGACCUGUCUGAAAUAGUUACAAAUGUUCAUAGGGUUCAAGACGAACCCAUUAGCACGUCAGCAAGCAGUGAGGAACAAAACAAUGCUUCAGAGGUUAAGACACCAUCAUCAUCUUCCUCAUACAAAACCAAGUACUUUUUUAACACUGGGAGAGAUGUUGAUGGCAAUGAUAAGAAGAAAAGAUUGAUAACAAGGGUGGUGUAUCCAUUUGCCUUGGUGAAGCCAGGAGGGAGGGAAGGGGACGUGACUUUGAACGACAUAAACGAGAGGAUACUAAUGCCACCGACGAGGCCAGUGAGGCAUCCUGUGGGGGACUUUGCUUGUAGGCCAUGCGUAUCUGCGGAUGGACCAGGGCUUUCCGGGAAAGCUGUGGUGGCCCUCACCCGAAUCCACACUCAAGGCAGAGGCACCAUUACUAUUAUUAGAACAAAAGGUUAAGGAAUUAAUGUUUAAUUAGUACUGUAUACAUGCUUUUGAAAUGUAUAUAAGGAGAUGAGAGGUGAAUGUAAGGUAUAUAGUUGGUAUGUUAUUACUCUUAAAAUUAAAUUUGAUAUACAUGU